AUGACCAGAUUGCCAGGCCAGCCGGAGUUGCACGCGGCCCAGUUCUCUGGCUACGUCCAUGUCAACAGGGGGGCGUCUCUCUUCUACUGGCUAGUAGAAGCUGUUGUCGACAACAAGAAGAAGCCACUCGUCCUGUGGCUUAACAGAGGACCCGGGUGCUCCUCCAUCGGCUACGGCGCAUUUCAGGAGCUCGGCCCAUGCCUAGUCUCGCACAUUGGAACGGAGAAGCGAACUUGUUGUUCUUGGAUUCGCCUGCCGGAGUUGGGUUUUCUUUCUCCACUAACAUCUUCACUCGAUAUGGAGACCACUCCACAGAGAUUCCCAGGGUAUAAACGCCGAGCCUUCUACAUUGCCGGAGAAAGCUAUGCCGGUUAUUAUAUUCCGUCAUUGGCAGAGAUCAUUCUGAAGAGGAACUCCGGGAAAACAAAUCCGGUGAUGAAUCUCCGAGGCAUUUUGAUGGGUAAUCCUGCCUUAGACCGGGAGACCGAACUGAAAGGCAGAGCUCUAUACUUUUGGAGCCACGGUCUUAUCUCGGACGAUACUUACCAAGGGCUAUCGAGUACUUUGUGCAGCUCUCUUAAGACAUACAGAUUGAAGGCAUGUGAGCCCUACUUCAUCAUAUAUUUGCUCAAGGAAGCUGGAAAUGUUAAUGGAUUUAAUGUACUAAGGACAGAGUGCAAGAAAAAGGAGGUGUCUAAGUAUUGUCUCGAUUGGAUUACCACCAAGUACAUGAACAGGAAGGAUGUGCAGCAAGCCUUCCAUGCAAUCCCCACCGCAUGGACACUUUGCAGUAAGGCUAUACAACAGAGCUACAGCCUUCCUGCUAAGGAAAAGUCGAUGUUGCCCACCCACUCCGGAGCUACUCAUUCGGUCGGGCUUGCAAAUUUGGAUAUACAGUGGAGAUGCAGAUUCAAUGAUUCCUUUCACAGCAACUCGGAUUGCUAUUUCCAAGCUGCAUCUCAAGAGGAAGGCAAAAUGAUCAGUGGAUGGUCUGAGAUAUACGAAGGGAUUACCUUCGUGACGAUCAGGGGAUGCAGUCAUGAGGUCCCAAUGUACGCGCCUACUCAAGCACUCAAGGUGUCGAGCACUUUUUAG